AUGAAAACCCAGAAUGUUGCCUCUAAAAAGACCGUGUGGAUGAGUACGGAGCACAACCCGCCUCACCAUGACAGACAGUACGCUGUUGACGACAAAGUUGUGCUUAAUGGACAGGGGUCGAUGUGCUCUUCCACACAACAACAAUUCAACCCAUGGAUUUUAGUUGAUUUGGGCGCCAUCUACAACCCGACAUACGUCACCCUAUUCAACAGAAUAGACGACGUUGGUUACCGACUACAUGAUGUCUUUGUUAGUUUUGGUGAAACAAAUACAGACUUCCCGGUGGACUGUGGUCAGUACAAGGGUCCUGGUGUGAAUACUGAAGUGGUCCACAUUGUAUGCCAGAAAAAUGCACGUGGUCGAUUUGUGAAAACUGAAAUUAAGGGUUCAACGGAGUUUUUAACCCUUUGUGAAAUUAGCAUUUUAACAUCUUAA